CGCUGUGGAACAAGUCGGUCCUCAUUGUUGUGGUUUGUUAAAGGGAUAAGAGGGGGGUUAAUAUAGCCCCGUGACACAAAGUCCAGGCACGGAGGAAGGCAGACUCGCACGGAGACGGUUUGGACGUACCGGAGGAUAGUAAUAACAAGAGGAAACUAAUUUCUUGCUGACAACUAAAAGGAUUAGGCCGGUGACUGUAGUAUUUUCUUUGGCAGAUCGGUGCCCACUGCACCCCCCUCUCCGUGAUGGAACCCCCGGCUAAGCGCAGGUGCCUGGGUGCCCGGAGGACCCGAGCCGAGUCCCUGCUGGAGCUCAGCGCUAAGAAGGUGGCCGAGAGCUGGGCUUACGAGCAGGUGGAAGAGCGAUUUUCCCGCAUCCCUGAGCCUGUUCAGAAACAGAUUGUAUUUUGGUCCUUCCCGCGUAGUGAGCGUGAAAUCUGCAUGUACUCCUCUCUCGGUUACCACAGCCCGGAAGGGGAGAGGGAUGGAAGAGUUCCAUUUAGUAAAGGAUUGCGGCUUUUGGAAAUGGGAAUGGUGGACAAGGUGCUACAAGUAGGUUUCCAUUUAAGUGGAAGUGUAACUGAACCAGCCACACAGACAGACACAGAAAGGACUUAUCGUGUUUCUGUCAGUUUUGAUCGGUGCAAAAUCACAUCUGUCACCUGUGGCUGUGGCAACAAGGACAUUUUUUAUUGCGCUCAUGUGGUGGCACUGUCCCUUCAUCGUAUUCGCAAGGCUGAGCAGGUGGAGUUGCGCUUGCCAAUCUCAGAGACCCUUUCCCAAAUGAACAGAGAUCAACUGCAGAAGUUUGUACAGUACCUCAUCACUGCACACCACACAGACGUACUUCCCACGGCACAGAAAUUGGCUGACGAUAUACUGUCUUUGGGUUCAGAGAUAAACCAGGUCCAUGGUGCACCGGAUCCUACUGCUGGUGCUGGGAUACAAGAUGAAAACUGCUGGCACCUUGAUGAAGAGCAGGUGCAGGAACAGGUGCGGCAGCUGUUAUCCAAUGGUGCGUACUAUGGCGCCAGCAAACAGCUCCAGUCCAUGUUUAAUAAGGUAAGAGAGAUGCUGAAAAUGAGGGACUCCAAUGGUGCGCGCAUGUUAAUAUUGAUAACGGAACAGUUUUUGGACGACCCUCGUUUGGCACUUUGGAGGCAACAGGGAGCAGGCAUGACUGACAAAUGUCGACAGCUCUGGGAUGAGCUGGGUGCACUCUGGGUCUGUGUCAUCUUGAGUCCACACUGUAAAACCGAAGAAAAAGUGGCCUGGUUGCAGCUGUUGCGAAAGUGGGACAGUCUGGAUGUAUGUCCCCUGGAGGAAGGGAAUUAUUUGCAUGAGACAGCUGGUCAUGCGGAGUUGACGGAGCUAAACUCCAGCCAGAACCAAGCAUUUCCCCGUCGGACAGUCUUUGCACGAGCAAUUCAAGCUUCAGAACUCAAGUGGUGCGAUCCGCACCUGCAGAAGAUUAUGAAUGGUAGCUUCUACGGUGGCCCGGCUUUAAAAAGUGAUGGGGAAAGACUUCUUUUUGAUCUGCAGGGAAGGCCAGUUUGGUUUGGGGACAAUUUUCCCACUGCCUGUGCUCGUGUGGAUGCUCUGAGGUCUCAUGGCUACCCCAAGGAGUCCUUGCGGCUUGCUGUUGCUGCUGUCAACACCAUCCGAAUGCGGAAACGGCAACAGCUGGAAGCAUACAAGCAGCAGAAAAAAGAUUUGCUACAAAAGGGGACUACUACCAUUACAAGUCCAGAAGGCUGGGUGGGGCAUCCCCUGGAUCCAAUUGGCUGCCUUUGUAGGACAUUCUUGGAAGCCUGUCGGACUGAUGAGGAUAAUCUUGCUUUAUAUGCAGAUUCUGUGGCUGAACUGAAGAAGCCUGUGUACCAACAUUUGACAGUGGCCUCGAGUCCAAAUAAUGGAGAGUCUUACUACACCUUGGCAUUGGAAAUGGCAUUGACUGGUUUGGGUCAACAGCGGUGUAUGCCAGAGGGGAUGUACGCACAGGAUAAAGCAGUCCGCAGUGAGGAACAGCUAAUAGGGAUGUUAUCGGACAUGGAGCUGGAUGACAGACUGAUCCUGGUACUCCGCAGGGAAACAGCAUUCCUUCUAGAAGCUGGGCCAUUCAGUGCCUUAGGUGAGGUGGUUCACAGGGAGAGUGUACCGAUGCACACGUUCGCCCGUUAUUUGUUCACUGCGCUCCUUCCACAUGACCCUGAACUGGCGUACAAGGUGGCUCUGAGAGCCAUGAGGUUACCAGUCCUGGAGUCUCUAACGCACAGUGCUGACAUCUUGCGCCAGAACUCCACAGAUAUGGGAAUCCAUAACCGUUUUCCGCGGUGGUUUAUACUAGGACAUCUUGAAACGCGACAGUGUGAGCUUGCAUCUGCUAUGCUGACUGCAGCCAAAGGUGACACCAAAUGGCUUCGCACAGUCCUGAGUUCGAUACAGCAGAACAUCCACUCGCCUGCACUUCUGUUUAAACUGGCACAGGAUGCAUGCAAAACUGCUACUCCUCCAAACUGUGCACCAGACGUUACACUGCUGAAUGUGUCUCUGGAACUUGGGCUGCAGGUAAUGCGAAUGACAUUGAACACAAUGAGCUGGCGACGGCGGGAAAUGAUUCGCUGGCUGGUGAGCUGUGCUACUGAAAUUGGUGUGCGUGCCUUAAUGAACGUUAUGCAGAACUGGUAUGCCCUGUUCACACCUACUGAAGCCACAACCAUUGUCGCUGUGACUGCCACCACACACACUACACUUCUUCGUCUGAAUCUCGACUUUGCUCAGCGGGAAGAACUUUGCAGCUGUGCACGCACACUUGCCCUUCAGUGUGCAAUGAAGGAUCCUCAGAACUGUGCUCUUCCUGCCCUCACCCUCUGUGAAACAAAUCAUGCUGCUUUUGAAGCUGCUUACCAAAUUGUCUUGGACUCUGCCUGCAGUGGAAUGGGCCACUCGCAUCUGUUCACCAUAGCACGAUACAUGGAGCACCGAGGUCUUCCACUGCGAGCAUACAAAGUUGCCAGUCUUGCCCUUUCUCAGCUUAACAUUGCUUACAACCAGGACUCUCACCCAGCUGUUAAUGACGUUCUCUGGGCAUGCUCACUGAGCCAUUCACUCGGGAAGAAUGAACUCUCCAGUAUUGUACCACUUGUCAUUAAAAGUGUGCAGUGUGCACCAGUUCUGUCCGAUAUCCUUCGCAGAUGGACGCUGGCAGCCCCAGGAAUGGCAGGACUCCCAGGCAGGAGAAACUCUGGCAAAAUGGUAACCCCAGAUAAGAAUCCUCUAUGCCAACUCCUGGAUGCCUCGAUUGGUGCUUAUGUCAGUACUACACAUUCACGGCUCACACACAUAAGUCCGCGUCACUAUGGAGAUUUCAUAGAGUUCCUCAGCAAAGCAAGAGAGACCUUUCUUAUGGCACCUGAUGGGCACAUCCAGUUUGUACAGUUCCUGGACAACCUUAAACAGACUUAUAAGGGGAAGAAGAAACUUAUGCUUCUUGUGCGGGAACGCUUCGGUUAAGGACGUGCUUAGAAACUCUGAAACUUGGUAGCUAAAGGCUAAUUAAUUUAUUUAUUUAACUUACGCUUGACAUUCAGUAUUAACGAAGAAUGUUUCAGAUCAGAGUUGAAGUACUUAAUCCCCUUCCCCUAAAAACGGAUAUGAAGUCACGUGAUACACUGGGAGUAUAAUCGUCAGCAUCCCUCAGCAGAGGGAAGCAGCCGUUUUACUUUUUUAUGGAUUUACUUGAUUUGGUGGAUCGUUCAGCUGGGACAUCAGGAAUUUUAAGCCAUACAGUGUAACAAUGUGUGAUUGUGUUUUUUUUUUUUUUU